UCGCCUCCCAUCUAAUCUCCUUGUCAUCUUCUUAUCUCCCGCGUCUCCUCCUCUGCAGCCUGCAGCCCGUUCAGCUCGGCGGCGGCGGCGGCGGUCGCCGGAGAGGAGGAGGUGGUGCCGGGAUGGUGAGCUUGGCCGCCUACUCCCCUUGCUCCACCGUGGCUGGCGUGCCCAAGAACAAGGGCAACGGCGCCGCCUCCAGCACACACAAGGUCAGCUCAAUCCUCUUACUCCUCCCUGCAAUCGAAUCCAAACCCACGCACGGGAGAGGGAGCGCCGCCUGCUAUUGUUCCCAUCCCGACGCAGUUCGAGCAUCCUACCCACCGUCGCAUCCCUCCCCGAGGCGCAGGGCCUCCGCUAGCCGCCGGCGGCGCCACCAUCGCCAACCAAGGGUCGCAGCGUCGCUGCCGCUGAGCAUAGGGACUCCGCCAGUCGCCGGUUGUUUCAUCUCCUCCACCGGGCGCAACGUCUUCAGGAAUCACCGGCCGCGAGGCCCAACGCCAUUAGAAUCAAUCAUGCGGCAUGUUGUAGUACAAUGUGCCACUUCAUGGGACACUCCAAGAACGUCUACUACUAAUGGUUCACAUGCUGAACCUUCAGCAGUUGUCAAAGCUGGUACUGCCCCUCUGAUUCAGGCACUGAAAUCAACUGCAAAUCAAGAUGUUUCUUGCUUUCACUUUCCUGGACAUAAUAGAGGGAAAGCUUCUCCUCCUUCAUUGUCAGAACUUAUUGGCUCAAGGACAUUUUUGCAUGACUUACCUGAGCUACCUGAGCUUGAUGAUCUCUUCUCCCCUAAAGGUGUGAUUUUAGAUGCUCAGAAGCGAGCAGCUGAACUAUUUGGAUCAUUUAAAACAUGGUUCCUGGUCAAUGGAAGUACAUGUGGAAUCCAGGCCUCAGUGAUGGCUACCUGUUCCCCUGGUGACUACCUCAUCAUACCUCGAAAUUGUCAUAUUUCAGUGAUCUCUGCACUGGUUUUGUCUGGUGCUGUGCCCAAAUAUAUAGUACCUGAGUACAAUUCCGGGUGGGACAUUGCUGGGGGUAUUACCCCAUCGCAGGUGGAUAAAGUGGUUAAGGAACUGGAGGAGGACAGAAAGAAGGUAGGUGCUGUUCUUGUUACAUCACCAACCUAUCAUGGCAUAUGCAGCAAUAUACAAGGAAUUGUCAAUGUUUGCCACCUGCAAGGCAUUCCUGUUAUAGUUGACGAGGCGCAUGGUGCCCAUUUCAGGUUUCACAGAAAUUUUCCAAGCAGCGCAACUGAGCAAGGUGCCGACUUGGUUGUGCAAUCCACACACAAGGUUCUGUGCUCGCUUACACAGUCCUCAAUGCUUCACAUGGCUGGAGAUCUUGUGGAUGCAGAUAAAGUAAGCCAAUGCCUCCAAUUGCUCCAGAGCUCAAGCCCAAGUUACCUUCUACUCUCUUCUUUGGAUGCCGCAAGGGCUCAGCUGAGUGAGAAUGCAGAAUCUUUUGAUGAACCAGUAUCUAUGGCUUUAGAAACAAAACAUCAGCUGAGGAUUAUCCCAGGAAUAUCUGUUUUGGACUUAUCAAGCUUUCUUUCUGAUUUUCCUGCUAUUGAUCCCUUGCGUAUCACAUUAAGUGCUUCAGAUCUGCAAUUAUCUGGAUAUGAAGCAGAUGAUUUUUUAGCUGAGGAGCAUCAAAUUGUAUCUGAGCUGGUCGGUACACAGGCCGUGACAUUUGCAGUCAACUUAGGGACCAGAAGGCAUGAUGUUCAGAGGCUUGUACAUUCUGUAAAGCAUCUGUCAGAAAAAUACUUCUCUGAAAAUGGGUCCAGUUCCAGAAAAGAGAAUCCUGCUAGUAGCCCACUGGACAAGUUCUCCAUCAAGUUGACACCAAGGGAGGCCUUCUUUUUAAAGAAGAGGAGAGUGUCCAUCGAGGAUAGCCUUGGUGAGAUUUGUGGUGAGCUUAUCUGCCCUUAUCCACCAGGUAUCCCGGUGCUGAUCCCAGGUGAGAUAGUAACGCAGGAUUCACUGUCAUACUUGAUGGAUGUCAGGGACAACGGCAUAGCAAUCAGUGGAGCAGCUGAUGGUGAGCUCAAGUCCAUUAUGGUAUGCAACGUGUGAACUGAUGACUCUGCUAUUGUUUCAAGAUAUCUCUCAGAACCACAGAUAUGAACAACAAUCAUGUAAAAGAUGGGACUGGUCACUUGGCCAAAUGAUCGCAUCACAUUUCGUGUUCUGAGAAGGAAAAUAUUAGUUGUCAAGCUGCAACAUGGAACCAAAAUAUGAAUAUGGUCUAUGGCAUGUGAUCUAUCAUCUAUGUGAGUAUGAAGUAUGGAGCACGAACCACAGAAGCGGCAACCUUUCGUCUGAAGUGCCUUGGAAUGUAAUGAUAUCCUUCUUUUUCUCUAUGUCUCUUCAAGAAAACAAAUAAAUUAGCCGGUAAGUAACAAUUGCUGUACGUCUCUUUACCUUUUUAGCUUUCCUCUCCAGAACGGAAGCGGAAGCCUCAAUCUGAACAUAGCAUCAGGUACAAGUUUGCACACCUGCAUGGUUCUCCAGAAGCAUGUUGAGAGGUUGAUCGAUCAAGGAAUCUAGCUGCUCUUGUAAGUUUCAACAUCAACUCAAGAAUUCACGAGUGUUCUACAGCGUGUACCGAAAGAAUCAGCUUAUAGCACAUCAUUGCAGUGACCAUUUAUAUAUUCAUUUCUAGUACUAGAAGUCUAGAACAGCUAAAUACAAAGCAAUACUUGCAAAUUAAAGACCACUCAAACCUGGUGCUCAGGGGUUGAGGGCAUGAUACUAAAGUAGCAGAUUUAGUUGCUAGAAUUAAUUUAGUGCUUAAUCCACUUAUAAAUUGCAAUCACCAACCAAGAAGUAAUGUGGUGAUGAUGCAGUUAGGUUUGUCACGGGUUGGCUUUUUGCCAGAAGUGAGCUCACCAUAAACAAGAAGGACUUGAGAGCUAACUCUGUGCCCCCACUGUACUGUUUGUUUUGCUCUCAAUCAUGUAAUCACAGAAAAACUAUUUUUUGGACUGAUUGAUCUCAUGUAAUCCAAACUUACU